AUGCACAUGUCUUGGGGUUUCUAUAUCGACAGCGUACUUCUCUUCCUCAGUGUCCUGGCACAAGCCUCUGUUCUACCACCCGGUGAUCAGCAUUCAAGUCCGGACAAAAGCCAAAGUCCCACAAUCCAGCCACAACAUCCAUCGUCUCAAGGCAGCUACAAGAGCCAUCAUGUGCCACUCAGAUCGGCAGGUUCCAUGAUCAAACGAGACGAUGAGCAAAGUGACGACCUAAGGAUCAGAACCAUCACUAUUGUAACCGGCAGCAUUCCAAUCGCAGCGGCGGCGCAGUCUCUCGAAAUGUUUUACAAUGCUAUCUUGUUCAACGCGCUUGCUCCUUGGUGCUCUCAGCCACCUCAGCAAGCCCUCGUGAUGACUAUGGGACCUCUGCAGUUGACGAUGGUGGUGGUGUUCAACAGUGGUGUACCGCGAGGCAUUCCCUGGGCUUUUAAAUAUGCUGGCGAUGACAGCACUGGGAUUUACCGGGACGUAUGA